AUGGCCACAAAGCCCAACAUCUUCCGCUGCAAUCAGGAAAUGGCCGCCUUCACGGCCGCCGGCCGCUGGGUGGAGGCACUGGAGCUGAUCGGGGGCCUCUCAGGCCAGCAGCUUCAGCCGGAUGUGGCAACCUUCAGCAUUGCCAUUCGAGCGUGUGCUCUCAGCAUCCGCUGGGCCCAGGCCAUGCAGCUCUUGUUUCAGAUGCCCAAACGCCUGGUGGAGCCCAACACCAUCUCUUUCAACACAGGUAUGAGUGUAUGUACUGCCACGGGCGAUUGGCUGCUUGCAUGUGACCUUGCCGUCGUGAUGAAGCAAAAAGGAGUUCCUUUGGACAGUACCAGCUCCAACACCUGCGCCAACGCUUGCGCCGCGGUGGGCGCCUGGACGGCGGCGGCGGCACUGCUGGCCGGGGCCAUGGAGGCAAGCGCCCUACCAGACGUGAUCGGCUUGAAUAGCGCUUUGAAGUCUUGUGCGGCGGGCGAAGCUUGGCAGCAGGCUUGCCUCUUGCUUCAACAGAUGCCUGCGAUGCACGCCCAGCCAACAGCUCGGAGCUACAGCAGUUCCAUCACCGCCGCUUCCUCGCGGUCCUGGCCACGCGCCCUGGACCUCUGCACGCCACACUUGGCUGCCGCAAGCCUGGUUUGCCGCAAUGGCGUCGUGGCCGCUGCCUCGAAUGCGGGGCACUGGGCUCACGCCGGCGCGUUGUUGACAGCGCUCCGCCAGGAGGUCGUGCCCAACAUCGUCAGCUUCGGUGGGGCCAUGGGACCAUGGCCACAAGCAGCGGCGCUUUUGGGCGCCGCAGCGUCUUUGCGGAUUCGCCCCAACGCGGUGCUUUACAACAGCGUCGCCAAUGCCUGCGGCGAGGAGGAUUGCUGGGCCUUGGCACGGGCUUCCCUUGAGGACAUGAUCCACGUUUCCACCACACCCACCAUUGUCACCUACAACAGUCUCAUCCGAACGAGCGCACAGCAAGGGCAGUGGGACCGCUCCUUGCUGAUGCUGGAGAUCAUGCUGACCGCGACCAUCUCUCCUGAUGCGAUGAGCUUCAACUCGGCCAUUGCCGCCCUCGCGGAGGCCUCCGACUGGAAGCAGGCCCUGGGCUUGCUUCUUAGCAUGGCCAAGAGGCAGUUGCUCCCGGACACGGUCACCUACAACUCGGUGUUGAACGUGUGCGCGAAGGAUGGCCAGUGGAGGGUCGCACUCGUCAUCUUUGACUGCAUGGAGCGGGUCGGCGUGAUGCCGAAUGAAAUCAGUUACAGCAGCCUCCUCAGUGCCUGCGACAAGGGCGGGCGCUGGCAGCUGGCCCUCGGCUUGCUCCGAAGCCUCCAGCGGCGCCAGGUGCUGCCAGGCAUCAUGAGCUUCAACAGCGCCAUCAGCGCCUGUGGGCGCGGAGGUCACUGGUGGCGCUUCUUAUCUCUUCUUUGUUCGAUGCCGCGGCCCGACGCCGUCACCUACAGCAGCGGCAUCGCCGCCUGUGCGCUGAGCGCGGCGUGGCGGAUGACGGUUGCCUUGCUGCAGGGCAUGACGCAGCGGCACCUCAUCCGUGGCCUCCUUUGCUAUGUCUCCGUGCUCUCUGCAUGCCAGCGCAGUGGGCUCUGGCGCCGUCCGCUGGCCCAUCUGAGUUUGGAGCCAGGCGCUUGGGACGUGGCAUGUUUCAACAACGGCCUCGGCGUGUGCGCCCGUGCCAGCAAAUGGAGGCGCGCCGUUGCCGUCUUGGACACUAUGCUCAGACGCCGCUACGUCCCGGAUGCCAUGAGCUUUGGGUCCAGCAUCCGAGCCCUUGCUGAGGGAGGCAAGUGGAAAGAGGUGCUGGAGCUUCUGGCUGCCAUGGACGCUUCGGCUCUGACGCCCGAGCUGAUCACGUACAGUUUUUGCAUGGCAGCUUGCAAUCGCGGUGGGCAGUACCGCCAAUCUUUCCGGGUCUUGGCAGCCAUGGCCAGCAGGCGUCUGGGUGCCGACGUCGUCGCCUUGGGCUGCGGCCUAGAGGCCGCAGAGGCAACCAGCAAUGGCGUCAGUGCUGCAAGUUUGGCGGCAGAGAUCCACCGCCAGAACCUGGAAGCCCUUGCAGCGCCCAGCGUUGCCCGCUGCCAUUGCCAGGUGCCCUGCGGCAUCUUCCACGACGACGGCCGCAUUGCCAUGAUCCUGGAGGAUGCCAUGACGAUCCGCAAGGCCGUGGUGCAAUGCCAGGACCUUCACAAGGCUGGCAAGCUGCAGGACGUGCAUCAGAUGGUCCGCUGGAUCAAUACCAAGGAGGAGCAUGCCACGAAGCUGAUGAACACCAUGGCCGAGUACUUCCUGGCUCAGAAGGUGAAGAAGGAUCAGCUGAGCGAGCACGACUACUUGCAGGUCUUGGCCUUGCACCAUGCGGUGCUCGUGGCGGCCAUGAAGACCAAGCAGUCCUCCGAGAUAGGGGCUGUAGAUGCCCUGGACAAGGCCAUUCAGGCACUGCGCCCGAUCUACGAGAAGCAGUAA